CGUGUGGCAACCCUCAUUUACCAGACUCACCAGUUAUGGCAGGAAUUCAGAGAAGUCCCAGACGGGAUUAUGGGGCUUGUAGAGCAACUGAAGGCCCUGGAAUCGAUAUUCUCCGAGAUCGAAGACCAGUUUAACCAGGAUGGCGCUUCAGCAUCGUUCAAGAACUGUCUUCAUCUAUCAAAAAAGGCUCAUGAUUCUCUAGGAAUUCUAGUUGCAGAUAUGAGAACGCAGCUGCAAGCAAAAAAGAGCGUAAAGCGCAAAUAUGCAGCAGUCAAGAUUUUGCUCAACAAGGCUGUUUUGGCGAGGCUUGAACAGAGUCUAUCUCGAUGCAUGAAUUUUUUACAAUUAGCAAUACAGGCAUAUCAGAUCUACCGUGUAUACAAUAUCGUUCCAAAUGAUUCGGAAAUUAUGAUGAGAAUCCGGGCUGGGGACCUAGCAGGAGUACAAGAGCUCUUCAGCACUAAGGAAGCAUCGCCUUUCGAUAGAAGUAUAGACAAUGGAACACUACUACAUGAAGCUGCAUCUUGCCAACAAUACGAGAUAUGCCAAUUAUUACUUAAUCUUGGUCUUCGGACUCACUCGACACCUCUAGCGGGCAUUGCAACUUCAGUCGUUGCUGACACUGUCGCACAAACCAAGAUACUGAAGAAUACGGUGCCAAGGAAAAUUGCAAAGCUGUUUGCUUUGUAUCUUCAAGAACCGGAUGCCUUGCCGGCAGAAAGGCUACUGGAUUUCGUAAGAGAAUAUUCCACUAACGAUCUCAAAGUCAAAAUAUUUCAAGAGCUUUUCAUGCCUAGCUAUUAUUUUCGCUUAUUGCGGGAUCGUCUAGAGGUUGUGCGACUCGGGGCAUUCAUUGUCCUAUCUCCCAAAACUCUCGAAAAUUUUAUUUCGGAAGAUGGAAUCAUCACGCAAGCUGAUGUUAGGCAGUCAACUCGCGAGAAAUCAUCACUCAUGCACUCUGCAGCUAUCACGUUUGGCUGCAGAUACCCCGAGGCACUCGUGACUUAUCAGAAACCCUUCGCUUGGUUUCGAGCAUAUGGUUCACUUUGGGGUUCAUUUGUAGUGCAUAUUGCCUCCAUGGCGAGCCAACAAGACCUACACAGUAUCGAGGAGGUUGUCCCGUGGGAUGGUUACCAGGUCACUACUUGGAGAGGGACGCCAUUCAUAUCAGUCAUAGGAGCGACUCUUUGCUACCUCUGCCCAGAAAUUUCGCUCUAUCACUGGGACACUAUGCUCCAAGCGAGUAUUCGUAAAUGGCUAUCAUUAUUAAGAGAAGCAGGGGUUGAUUUGAUGGAAUACGGGACAGGAGAGGUGGAGCUGCUUGGUGAUACGGAGGAUUGCACCAGAGGGGCUUUUGAUGCUCACGCCAUUGAGCGUUCAAGAUGUAUAAUACGGCGACGGAUGAAUGGCGUGGAACCGGUGAAAAAGCUAUGCCGCAUGUCUGACGAUAUGUGCUGGACUGACACGCAUUGGAUUCCGCUUCGGAUUAUCGAUCUCAGGGUUGGGCCAGAGCCAGAGGAUUGGAAAAUUAUAUGGGCGCCUGAGUUCGAGUAUAUGGCGCAUGAGUUUUGGAUAAGCAUUGAGAAGAGCAUGGUUCGGAUGCCUGGAGCUUGG